UGACAUAGCCUAACAAAAGUAACAGUUUUACAUAACUCAAAUACACCUUUUAGUACUUUGAAAACAACAAAGUCUGUCUCAAACUCGUGCAACAUUUUCUGUAGAAAUAAUGUACCAAGUUGAGUAAGAAUCCUUUCAAGAAUUUUUUUGAAUCCUACUUCUUGAACAACCAGUCAGAAAAAUCUGCACAUUCGUUUCGUGAGAGUUUUAUAGAUACUGCUUUGAUAAAACAGUUAUUACGACAGGCAUCGUGCUUAUGCUGAUUUUUCAUUGCAGUGGAGUACUAUUUUCGAAAAUCUUAAAUGAAAUUUUAUUGAUUAGUCCGGGAGCUUCUCUUAUUUUCUGCUUUCAAUAUAUUUCGUUAAAUCAUCUAGAAAUUGUUUCAAUAUCUGUAUGUUUGUUGUUAAUGUUUUCUAGAAUACGUGAAUGUAUCUCCAAAAAGUACGUCAUGCAUUUUUGCGACCUCUGAAGGCUGGUGCCCUUGUCGGUGGCCAGAUUGGCCAACGGCACGCUACGGCACUGUGAGUGUGAUGCUAUCCUGCUAUCCGUAUUUGCUCGGGAGGUGCAAACCCGAUUGGUUGGUACAACACUUUAAAGUAAGGUAAUCCUGGAGGAACCUAGGUUCGGCAUAUUGGAGAUCUUCUUAUGGCGAAUUAGCACUCAGCACUUGCAAGCUGAAAUGCAGACUGAGUCCCACUUCGGUGCAAUACCAGAACGAGAAAGGAUUACAAUAAACCAACAAGGUACCGAGAAAAACGCAUCCCAUUGAACGGGUACGUCAUCGAUGCAGCGCUCAUGUUUCCUACUAACAUCCGGUCGCGGGUAUAAUUAUGAAAAACAACAUGUAUCCUUGAACCACUCCUGUUGAAUAUUCAUCGUUUAAUCAGGGCAAAGUGGGUGCUGUAGUUCAGGUGCAAGUUACACUCUGUCAGUCAGUCUGCAAGUUGACCGGUUAGUCAUGACAUCGAGAACCAUGAAACGAAAGGAUUCAAAAUCACCAGCCGUGAAUCUUCUGCAGGAAUAUUGUUCAAACAGUUCCAUCCAUGGAGUGCGUUACUUCAAUCGCGAGGGCCAGUCCCGUUGCGAAAGUGGCUGGUGGAUUGUAGUGUUUAUUCUUUCGGUUAGCAGUUGUGGUUAUCUCAUAAAUAAAAUCUACCAAAAAUGGGACGAAACGCCUGUUAUAGUGAGUUUUCACGAAAAAACUACACCGGUGUGGAAAAUUCCAUUUCCAGCGGUGACAAUCUGUCCACGGACUAAGUGGACAAGUAGCUGGCUUAACUUUUCCGAAGAAUUCCAAACCAUGAAAGAAUAUGGAUUUAAUACUACGAAAAGAAUGGAUGAGAUGUUGACUCUAAUGCAACUCUGUGACAGGACGUUUAUGACGCUAAACGAAUAUAGCUUUUCUCAAUUGCCCAACAAAACCACUAACAAUACCUAUGCCGAACUAAUAAAAUCUACACCGAUACCACUGGAUAUGAAUGAUUUCAUUUGUUAUUUUGGAGGAGAGCUGAACGACUUUGAGUUUUUAUUCAGCACCACACUUACCGAAGAAGGUGUAUGCUACACGUUCAAUGGUCUUGCAGCUGAAGAUCUGCUCACUGUCAAAAUGGAUACCGAUUUGUUGGGAAAUGUGCGAUCCCCACAUUGGACCCUGGACAGCGGCUAUUCGAGCAAAGCCAAUCUUACUUCAUAUCCAUAUCGCAGCAUUGGACCAGGUGCACUGGCUGGUCUCUCGAUAAUGCUCAUAUCCCAAGAGAAAAAUCUGGAAUACAUGUGCAAUGGACCCGUUCAGGGAUAUAAGGUCCUUCUACAUUCUCCUGCAGACUAUCCUCAAAUGACCAAUCGAUACAUUCACAUCCCUCUGGAUGAAGAAGUGAUGAUCGCCGUCAAGCCACAGAUGAUUCAAAAUUCUCGUACACUGGAAUAUUACCCACCCAAAAAGAGGCAGUGCUAUCUCAGUCGUGAUAGAAACCUACGAUUUUUCCGCGUUUACACUCAGGAUAAUUGUAACCUUGAGUGCUUGACAAACUUCACACUUCAGCGUUGUGGGUGUGUCCGAUUCUCGAUGAUUCGCAGCGAAGAUAUGCCGGUAUGCGAGACCAAUAAAAUAAUUUGCAUGCGAGAUGCGGAAACGGAAUUACUGGAAAUGGGAGUGUUGGACGACGAUAAUGAAUCCAACUUCCACACCGAAUGCGAUUGCAUGCCGGCCUGCACUUCGGUGGACUACGAUGUUGAAAUUACGCAGAACGAGUUUGAAGUAGUGGAAUGGGGUAUGGCUAACGGAGAAUCCAGGAAGGAGUUGGAGGGGCUGUACGUAGCUCAUCUUAAAAUCUACUACAAGAACGCCCAGAUAAUGAAGCAGAAGCGUAGCGAGUUGUACGGAAUAACGGACUUCCUAGCGAACUGCGGAGGAUUAUUAGGACUUUGCCUGGGAGUUAGUCUGCUAAGUUUGGUGGAGCUUUGCUACUACUGUUCUGUGCGACCGGUAAUGUUGUGGAAGAAAUGGAGCCAAGUACCACCGAAAACGGAGAAUAAUGGCCUGCCUGAAGUGUGUUUGCUUUCAGCUGCGGAAGUCAGGAAGCAAGAUGUCAGAGUUUCGGGAAUAUAUUAAAAGUCAUAAUUUCAAUAAUUCCAACACUACAGGAACCGGUAUACUAUAUAUGUCACAAAGAUUUGCAUGUAACUGUCAGUUGUACGUAAAAGGUUUUUUUCAUUAUUCGCUUCCUAAUAUAAAAUCUCUAAAUAUGAACAAGCCAAGAGUAUUUUUUUCGAAUAAUUUUCUUUUCUAUUUCAUUUUUAUUUUCUAUUGAGAGAGAUGAUCCUCUAUCAUCCGAAGAGAAGAUAAAGAAAGAGCUUAUUUGCGGAAAAAAAAUCACUAGAUCAUAAACUGAUAAAAUGAUUGUUCAAUUUCCUAGUAACAUUUUCCUGAAGAAAAGAUACUUGGAGGAUCCAAUAGACCCGUUCACUUAAUUUUCAUUAUUUCAUAGUUAUUGAUAAAAAAUACAACAUUUAACGUUUAAUAAUGUGCUGCCCAAUUAUUUCAUGGCUUCUUGGUACUCUGAGCAACAUUACACCACAGACAAACGAAUGUAACACUCCUCUCUAUUGCC